AGGGGGACCCACCGCUCUCCGGCCCCACCCGUCAUUGGCGUGAGGGGAAGGGAGAGAGCGGGAGGGGGGAUUUUUAUUUAGGAUUUUCUUUUAUCUGUAUUUUUUUUUAUUAAGAGAAAGCCUUCCCGACUCCGUCUCCUCCUCCCCUCGUCGUCGUCGUCGUCGUCGUCUCGCCUUCGCCGCCGAGGCGGAACAAUUCCGCGGGGAGUUCGCUGAUUAAUCCGGCCGAAUCCUGAAAUUCCCCUUGAGCAAUCGGGAUAAGGCGUAGGAAUCUUGCGCGGGAAGGGCUAAUCGAAUCGGUUGGGCUGUACGGAGAUGGAUGAGAAGGUGAAGAUGGAGAGCAAGCUGUCCUCCGCGGCGGCGUUCGUGGAGGGAGGUGUGCAGGACGCCUGCGACGACGCCUGCAGCAUCUGCCUCGAGGCCUUCUGCGACAACGACCCCUCCACGGUGACGAGUUGCAAGCAUGAGUACCAUCUGCAGUGCAUUCUUGAAUGGUGCCAGAGAAGCUCUCAGUGUCCCAUGUGUUGGCAGCCUAUCAGCAUGAAGGAUCCUAUGAGCCAAGAACUACUUGAGGCUGUUGAGCAAGAGAGGAACAUUCGAGCUAACCGUUUGAACACUGCCGCUGUUUUUCACCAUCCAGUAUUGGGUGAUUUUGAGGUCCCUGUAGGAGCUGAUGAUGCUGAACUUGAGGAGCGCAUUAUACAACACUUGGCUGCUGCUGCUGCAAUGCGUAGGUCACACAGACAUGGUAGAAGAGAUGGACAUCGUAGCCGAUCUGGAUCUCAUAGCCGCCCACAAAUCGUGGUGUUUUCAAGGAAUGAGGCUAUUCCUGGUGGCUCCCUGCAUGCAAGUUCAGGCCAAGAUGAAGACCAUGAACAAUCUUCUGACUUAGGUUCUGCUCAUCCUUUUGCUGCUCUUGCUGCUGUAGACCAAGGACAUAUGAGUGGUGGUUCGCAGCUAUACGUGGGUCAUUCUGACCAGGGUGCUUCAAAUCCAUCUCUGCAUGAUGAGAGAGCAAUGAGCAGGACAUCUGAAAAUCAAUCUGCACCUGUCAAUCAAGAUACAGCAGGACCAUCUGAUUUGCAGUCAUUCUCUGACACGCUGAGAUCUCGCCUACAGUCAGCUUCGAUGAAGUAA